AGCUGGUCGUCGGUAACAUUUUGUAAAUAAGUGAAACUUUGAAUAUUUUACAAAAAGCUAUUUAAAAAAAGUUACACGGUAUUGUUUAUUUUAAAAAUGAGGUUCAAAACGAUUGGGUUUAUCAAACAAAUUCAUUCGUUGUGUUGUACAUCAAGCCGUCAAUUUAGUACUCUUAUUAAUACAAAGCGGCGAAUAAAUUUCAACCCAAAACUUUCAUCGUUAGUGUGUGUAUAUUCUUCAGACAACAAAAAACAUUUUUUAGACAUAGAUAAGAAAGCAGAUGCUUUAAAAGAUGCUUUAGAACAAAAAAAGUUUCAAAUCAAGGAUACAGAACAGAGAAUUCGAAAAAAGGGUGUUGAAAUUGUUCGCGACUUGAAACAACAAAAAGAAAUUACAGGUCAAAAGUUUAAAGUUAAGAAAGAACAUUUAGUUAAGGAUAUUUUAGAAACAAGGGCUAAAGUUAGAGAAAAAAUCGAGGAAGUUGUGGAGAAAGAAAAUGUUUUUACCGUACCCAAUAUACUAUGCAUGACUAGAAUAGCUAUGUCUCCAUAUUUAGGUUAUGUCAUUUUGCAAGAUAAUUAUAACUUGGCUCUAGGAUUAUUGGUAUUUGCGGGUGUUACAGAUCUGUUAGAUGGAUGGAUAGCACGCAAUUGGGAAGGUCAGUCAUCCAAAAUGGGUUCAUUUUUGGAUCCUAUGGCUGACAAAGUCCUUAUAGCCACAUUAUUCAUUAGUCUUACGUGGCAAAAUUUGAUACCACUUCCUUUGACUUUGCUGAUUGUGGCCCGUGAUGCUGUAUUAGUUGGAGCCGGUUUUGUAAUUAGAUACAUCAGUCUACCACCCCCUAAAACACUAAGCAGGUAUUUUGAUGUGACUCAUGCAACAGCUCAAUUGGCCCCAACAUUUAUCAGCAAAGUUAAUACUGCAAUUCAACUUUUACUGGUGGGAACAGCUUUAGCUUCACCGGUAUUCAAUUUUGUGGAUCAUCCUGCACUAAAUGCACUGUGUGGAUUAACUGCUGCAUCUACUGUUGUUUCAGCAAUCAGUUAUAUUAUAAGUAAAGAUACCUAUAAACUUCUGAAGAAGAAAUUAUGAGUAAUAUGUGAUUAUCAUGUGUCGUCUUCCACUUGUCAUGUAUGAUUUGUGUGUAUAAAGUAAAUUUGGAAUGAAAAUGUUUUUAAACAGUUUUCCAUGAAAUGUAUUUAUUGUUAAGCCUAAAAAAUAUAUCAAAUGGUUAAAAUAAACU